AUGUCUGAUAAGUUGACCCUGGUAGUGGUUGGGGAUGAAGGCGUAGGGAAAUCAGCGCUUGCAGUGCGGCUUUGUUUAGACCAAUUCGCUGAGGGCUUCGAACCAACACUGGAUGAUUCAUAUCGCACGCGAAUGGUGGUUGAUAACAGGCCUUGUUUCCUCGAGAUUAUAGACACAGCGGGGCGUGGUGAAUAUGCUGCGCUCCGUGAAGAUUACAUUCGCGAUGGGGAAGCAUUCAUUAUUGCAUAUAGCAUCACCUCGCGGGCAUCCUUCUCUCACGUUCGAGCGUACUACAACAAUAUCAAAAAGGUGAAAAAAGAUAAGGAGGUGGAAAAUAAUCUCCAGCUGUCGCCUUCCAAGCGCCAGUCUCGUUCGCCCAUCAUCCUGGUGGGUACUAAGACUGAUUUGCAAGCCCAGCGUGAAGUCUCCUUCAAAGAAGGACGGAUGCUCUCACAGUCGUUAGACUGCUGGUUUUAUGAAACAUCGCCUAAGUGUGGCUCAGAUGUAGAGAGGACGUUCAAUGAUGUUAUUAGAUGCUUUCGGCAACAUAAUCUUCCCAGUCCUCCAGCGUCGAAGCGAUUAUGGAAGGGUCAAAUUGGACGGAGGAUUCAUGACCCACGCAGGUGCAUCAUUUCGUAA